GCCCCGCGCCGCCCGCCGCGGCUCCUCCCGGCGAGACAUGGCGGCGGAGCGGCUGUUCCAGCGCGCGGCGAGCGUGCGGCUGCGGGGCCGGGGCUGCGCCGAGAGGAUACUGAACAUUCGAGUGAACGUCGAGCUGCUGGCAGCUUCCAACCCCGCUCAUAAAAAGGAUUUAGCUGUUCAACUGACUGAUGAUACUGAUCCCUUUUUCCUCUACAACCUUGUCCUAUCGGAGGAAGAUUUUCAGAGUUUGAAGUCCCAGCAAGGUCUCUUGGUGGACUUCUCUGCCUUCCCACAGAAGUUCAUAGAUCUGCUUCAGCAAUGCAUUCAGGAACAGAACAAAGAUACCCCAAGGUUCCUGCUGCAGUUGGUUUCUUCAGCAUCCGUUCCAGAUCACAGCCCUGUCUCCUUAAACGUAGUGGAGACCAACCCUUUCAAACAUCUCACCCACCUCUCUCUCAAAUUCCUACCAGCAAAUGAUGCAGAGAUAAAGAAGUUUUUAGCCACCUGUUUGAAAUGCCUUAAGGAAGACAAAAUGAUGUUGGAAGAGAAGCUCAGAAAAACUGAAGAAGACCUCAGCAGACAACUGAGCUACACUCAGCAGAGCCUGUCAGAGAAGAGCCGGGAACUGGAUAAACUGAAAUCUGAGUGGACAUCCUACACCACAACUCUAACAAACAAACACACCCAGGAGCUGACCAACGAAAAGGAAAGGGCUCUCCAGGUACAAGCUCAGUACCAACAACAGCAGGAACAACAGAAAAAGGAGCUGGAAAACUUGCAUCAGAAGAGCAUUCAACAGCUGCAGAACAGGCUCUCAGAACUCGAGGUCAUCAAUAAAGAUCUAACAGAAAGGAGAUACAAAGGAGACUCCACAGUCAGAGAGCUGAAGGCAAAGCUUUCUGGAGUGGAAGAUGAGUGUCAGAGAGCCAAGCAGGAGGUGCUGGCCCUGCGGCGGGAGAACAGCACGCUGGAUGCCGAGUGCCACGAGAAAGAGAAGCUCAUCAACCAGCUCCAGACACGGGUGGCUGUGCUGGAACAGGAGAUCAAAGACAAAGAUCAGCUCGUCAUUAGAACCAAAGAAGUGUUGGAUGCCACUCAAGAACAAAAGGCAAUACUGGAAGAGAGCACAGAGAAAAAACAGAGCCAGGUGGAAAAGCUAGAGAUAACCAUCAAGUCACUGUCAGCUGAACUUCUGAAGGCUAAUGAAAUCAUCAAGAAGUUACAAGGAGACUUGAAAACUCUAAUGAGUAAGUUAAAACUGAAGAACACAGUGACAAUUCAACAGGAAAAGCUCCUGGCAGAGAAAGAAGAGAGACUUCAGAAAGAGCAGCGAGAGCUGCAGGAGGCAGGCCAGGCUCUGCGGCUGAAGGAGCAGGAGGUUGGCAAGCUCCAGGAACAGCUGCAAACGACAGCACAAAAACUAGAAGAAAGCAAGGAGCUACUGAAAACCAAUGAAAACGUAAUCACAUGGUUGAACAAACAACUGAAUGAAGUUCAGAUGGCAAAGAAGCCAGAGACUGCUGGCAAUGCCCACGGUGUCAGGGCUGCCACCUCCCCUCAUGGCAUGCCUGAGCGACCCUCCUUCCCCAGCUCGGGGCUCAGCCACCCCCUUUCUCCUCUCUACGCCUUCCAGAAGCUCCCAGAACCAGCAGACAACAAAUACAGCAGUGUGCCCUGUGCAGUCCCCAAGGUUCAGUUCAGCAGUGCCGCGCUGUCCCGGCUGAGCCGCUGCCCUGAGGGAGCCACAGCCACGGCGGCUGCUCCGCCAGCCAACAAGGAGAAUGGUGAGAACUGGGGGCUGGAAUCCAAGUAUUUCAGGAAGAAAGACGACAGCAUCCCUCUGCGGGGGCUGAGCCAGAACACCCUCAACUCAGACUACCUGAAGCCGCUGCUGCCCGCCAAGGCCCAGCCCAGCCCGCCCGUGGUGCCCAGCCCUGCCUCAGCCUACUUCCCGGGCUAGCCCAGCACAGCCUGCCCCCUGCUGCCAGCUCCCCUCCAGCAGCCUCAGCCUGUUCCCGCUGAGACAGAGCUGGCCUGACCCGGAUGGCUUUUCAGGAUCGUUUCAUUUUAAUCGAAUUCCUACUAAAGGUGCUGCAUUGUUUCAGUGAGGGUAUACAAUUGUCACCCUUCGUCCCUCCCUCACCUCUGCAAGGGCUGUGUCUGGACAGGCAGCUGGUGAAGGGAUCACAACAGCUAAAAGCUACUUGAUUUUUACUCACCAUACCUUCAACUGCUGAGGCAGCUCAGCCAGGCUGCUGCCCUUGCUGAGGGAGGGAGUCCCAUGGUGUUGCUCGCUGUGCCUCCUGGGGCCAGCUCCAGAACAGGAACCUGAGCAUCUGGGACACCCCAAAUACCCCUUCUGUUCUAUUUGCAUACUUGUGUUGUUAAAGACAUUCCCUCCUUCUAACCUGAGGUAUUGAGGUGCCUCCAGGGGUUUGUUUUGCAGUGCAAAACGUGCACCUUUGUUUGUCAAGCAGGCCCCUGUUCCUGGCUCUCCCUUGGGCUGGCAACACCCGAGUUUUGAUGGAAACAUUAAAUGGUUUUUAUCCAAAAGUCUAA